UUCAAAAUGCACGUGUUUUCAGAAACUUGAUAAGCUGAAAUAAUAAUAUAACUUUCUAUUACCAAUAAAAAGGUAUGUAGUUUAUAAUAACUCUUUUGAACAUUUCAAUAUAUGUUAUAUAAUGAUAUAAUUUUCAAUAAUAAUAUAACUUUCAAUAUAUGUUGUAUAACUAUGAUACAAAGAAUUACGUUAAACCGCCCGGCGUUUCGGCUGCCGGCUGGAGGUAUGACAUGUUUUAGAUUGAUUAUUCCGGUUUUAGUCCCGCACCAUUAGCACCAAAAACAAUUAGUUGUAAUCGUUCCGAACCAGUUACAUCCCUAGCACAAGCCCAUCCUAUUUUCUUACAAUGAAACCAAAAAGUCCACAAUUCUUCAAUAUUCUCUUAAAUUAUCCUAUUUCUAUAGGAAACUCGAUCUUGUAAUAUCUAAAAGAACAUGAAGUGAAAGCAUGCUGGAGGAUUGUUGUAAUCUGAAAAUAAAAUAGAAACUAAAAUUUAGAUAAUAAAAAAAACAAAAUGUUAAUCGGGAAUUAGACAAGAUCAGAGAAUGAAUCCACCUUUUGACCUUAUAAAAUUGAGAAAGGGUAUUUAAUUUAAUUAUGAAUGAUUGAAUGGAAUUCGUUUAUUAUUAUAGUUGACUAAUGGGUUACUAAAUUCACCACGCAGUUCAUGUAUCAUACCCGAGUGAAAAAUGAUCAUAGAAAGAAUCUUUUUAUCGCCUCAAAUUGUAUUUAAAGCCACCAUCAACACCUCCAGAGACACACAAAAACCAAACCCCAAAGAAGAGCAAACAAAUACAAACUGAUGGCUCCUUCGACUUCCCAACUAUAUCAUCACCUCCUCUUAUUCUUUCUGGUGUUCCUCUUCCAUGCCCAGCAAUGUCCGGCGGCAGGUGGAUCGUGGUCUGUCCUCCUCCCAAGCAUUGGAAUUUCGGCCAUGCACGCACAGUUACUUCCCAAUGAUCGUGUUGUCAUGUAUGACCGCACCGAUUUUGGAGUCUCCAAUAUCUCACUUCCAAACGGGGCAUGUCGUCCUAACACAACAGAUUGUUCUGCCCAUUCAGUCGAGUAUGAUGUUGCAUCAAACACCGUUCGUCCACUUAUGGUGCUCAGCAAUGUCUGGUGUUCGUCUGGAACAUUAAUGCCCGAUGGAAGAUUGGUCCAAACUGGUGGCUUUGAUGAUGGUUAUCGUGUUGUCAGAAUUUAUAAAUCGUGUGAUUCAUGCGACUGGCAAGAGAUACGUAAUGGCCUGAAUCAACAGAGAUGGUAUGCGACCAAUCAUAUAUUGCCAGAUGGCAGACAAAUUAUUAUUGGUGGCCGCCGGGCAUUUAGCUAUGAGUUCUACCCCAAGAUGUCGGCCACUGAGAACACUCCUAGUUUACCUUUUUUGGUUCAAACGAACGACCCUAACGUUGAGAAUAAUUUAUACCCAUUUGUAUUUCUCUAUCCUGAUGGGAAUCUUUUCAUUUUUGCCAACAAUCGUGCUAUUUUAUUCGACUAUUCCAACAACCAAGUUAUCAAGACUUACCCUACAAUGCCCGAUGGUCAACCAAGGAGUUAUCCGAGUACCGGAUCUGCUGUACUUCUCCCUCUGCGCAUAACAAAGGGAACAGUAAAUGCGGUUGAAGUAUUGGUUUGUGGGGGUGCACCAAAAGGAGCAUUUGUUAAUGCAAAUAAAGGGAUAUUUGAUGGAGCUUUGGAUACAUGCGGAAGGAUCAAAAUAUCUGACCCUAACCCUCAAUGGGUCAUGGAGACCAUGCCUUUGGCUCGAGUCAUGGGUGACAUGUUGUUGCUUCCCAAUGCUCAUGUUUUAAUCAUCAAUGGUGUAUCUGCUGGAGUUGCAGGUUGGGAACUUGGGAGGAACCCUGUUCUUAGCCCAGUGGUUUACCAACCUGAUAAACAGGUCGGGUCUCGAUUUGAAGUGCAGAAUCCAAGCACCAUUCCAAGAGUUUACCAUUCCACAGCUGUUUUACUAAGAGAUGGACGAGUUCUUGUUGGUGGAAGUAACCCCCACGACAAAUAUGAAUUCGGAAACGUCCUUUAUCCCACUGAGCUGAGUUUGGAGGCGUACUCUCCUUCUUAUUUGGAUUCAAACUCGUCCGAUUUACGCCCCAAAAUAAUAUUGCCUGUAAAAAACACUAAAAUAGGGUACGGAAAGCAAUUAGUUAUUGUGUUUACAGUUUCAGGCAUUGUGGAUCCAAGCUCCGUCUCAGUGACAAUGAUGGCACCUCCGUUCAACACACACUCCUUUUCCAUGAAUCAAAGAUUGCUGGUGCUCGAUGGUGGUGUGGCUGCCAAGAUUUUGGGGAAGUCAAGAUAUCAAGUUGUAGUAACCACACCGCCCUCUGGUAAUGUUGCUCCGGCAGGGAAUUAUCUUUUAUAUGUUGUUCACAAAGAGAUCCCAAGUCCUGGUAUUUGGGUUCAAAUGCAGUGACAAAAUAUAGAAUAAUGGUCAUUAUUUUGUUUUGUUUCGUUUAUCUUUAAUUGUACACUCAUUUGUCAACCGGACCGGUUUUAAUUUAUUCUAUUUACAGAGACCAUGUUAUUUUACU